CGUUGUCCCAGUAGAAGAAGUUGAAGUUAGCCCAGCAUUGGUUGUUGAAGAAAAUAAAGUUGUGCCAGCUCUGGUUGUUGAAGAAGAAGCCAAUGUUGACCCAAUAGAAGAAGCUAAAGUUAUCCCAACAUUGGUUGUUGGAGAAAAUAAAGUAGACACAACAGCUGCUCUUGAAGAAGACUCUAAAACUGCACCAACCCCUGCCGUUGAAGAAGAAUCUAAAGUUGACCCAGAAAUUAUAGGAGAAACUUCAAGUUCCUCAACUUUGGGUCUUGAGGAAGAGGCUGAUGUUGACCCAACUCCAGUCUUUGGAGUUGUCAUUGAUGAAGAAUCCACAGUAACCCCAAACAUUACUUUUGAAGAAAAGGCUAAAGUUGACUCAACUCUGGUUCUUGAAGAAGAAGUUAGUUUUACACCAAGUGUUAAAGAACAAGUUCAAGUUGACCCCACUUUGAUUUAUGAGGAAAGUAAAUUUACCCAAAUCCCUCUCCAGGAGAAAGAAGUCAAUGUCCUAAAGUUUGAAAAUUCAGAGGAAAUUACUAAUCUCUCUGGUGCCCCUGAAGAAGAAUCCAAAGUAACCCCAACCUUUGUGACUGAUGAACUUAAAGUUACUCCAAUCCUUGAUUUCGAAGAGGAAACUGAUGUUGCACCAACCCUCGAGGACUUUACAAUCUUUUCUGUGAAUACUCAAACAUCUAAGUGGAGUCUGUUGACUACCACAACUGGACCUCAGGAGCAUCUGAAUAGUGUAAAGAUUAGUCAGAAACCCCCCUUCAUGCCAGUGUCCAAGCCCUCAAUGAAUACCAAGUCCAUGUCUUCUGCCCCUACCAUUUCUACCCCAACAUAUGUACCCCAGCGCACCUGGAGCCCAAGAACCACAAGACCUCACACUUUCCGUAAGACGACAGAAACCCAGAAGGUGAACCAUUUCAUACCGCCAUUGGAUCACGGUGUGGUUGAUCUUGACAUUAGCCUCACCCAGCCACCCACCCUGCAUAACUUGCCCAAAGAGAGGGCAGCUGUAGGUGGUACAGGGGCAUUUUCAGAUGCCUGUUUGGACGACCCCUGUCUCAAUGGAGGGACCUGCACUGAGCGGGACGGACACAUUAAAUGUCUCUGUUUGCCGACAUAUGGAGGAAGGUUCUGUCAGAGCGACUUGGAGCGAUGUGAGCCGGGCUGGGAUAAAUUUCACGGUUUCUGCUAUCGACACUUCAGCCAGCGCCAGAGCUGGGAGGUGGCAGAGAGGCACUGCCGCACGCAAGGAGCUCAUCUGGUGUCCGUCAUGACCCCAGAGGAGCAGGACUACAUCAACAGUAACUAUAAGGAGUACCAGUGGACUGGUCUGAACGAUAAGACAGUUGAGGACGAUUUUCGUUGGUCUGACGGAAACCCACUGCUGUAUGAGAACUGGUACCGAGGGCAGCCUGACAGCUACUUCCUGUCUGGAGAAGACUGCGUGGUGAUGGUGUGGCACGAUAACGGCCGCUGGAGUGACGUACCCUGCAACUACCACCUGGCAUACACCUGCAAGAAAGGCACCUCCUCAUGUGGGCCGCCACCAAAAGUCCGGAAUGCGUCCAUAUUUGGAAAAACGCGAGUGAGAUAUGAGACCAAUGCAGUUGUGCGGUAUCGCUGCUCAGAGGGCUUCCAGCAGAGACUGAACCCUGUGGUCAGGUGUCUGUCCGGAGGCCGAUGGGAGAGACCUCAAAUCCUCUGCAUCCCUGAAGGUGGAGAAAUUAUGCAGCACCUCGGCAUGUUGUCGCAAACCGACAGCAACUUUUCAGCAGCUGAAACUGAAUUUGAAGCCACUAAAGAGACACCACAGUACUGGGACAUCAAGUUUUAACACCUUAAAAAUACAGUUUGGUUAUGGUACCAUGACAAGAUGUAAAUUAUCUUGAAUAAUAAACCACAAAAACAUGAUGGAAAAUUAUUCAAAAUUUGCUUCAGAUAAGAAUGUGCAUCCAUGAUUAUGGAUAUUGUAAACUCACCAUGUGGCAUUUAAUUACCUCCAAAUUAGGCCAUGAUCUUUAAAUAUUUCCUAAUAAUUGUUCUUGUUGUGGUUUUUGGUAUGAUUAGGGUCUUUUCACACAAUGGUGCUAAGCUUUUAAGACACUUUUGCAGAGUUAGAUUUUUAUUGUGUCACAUUCCUACUUUAUCAACGAUCCUGACACCUCUAAGUGAGUCAUCAGAUACCAAGAAAUGUUGUAUAUGUUGGUUUUCACAGCUGAAAUUACCUUCCACAUUUUUUUUUCCAACAGGAAACUUUAAGAUCAAACAGACACAGUUUUGUUCGGUGGCUUUAUGUUGUAAUAAAGUUUUGUAGAACAGAGCCAAGAAUAAAUCAGUCUAUUUUACUCUCA